CAACCCUGCACCUCCACAUUUGAAUUUUGAUUUCAUUUUGUCAAAAAAAAAACCGCCGAGUUUUCAUGGCUGCACGAUAAACGUGCAAAUUAUAUUCUUUUAUUCUAAAACUUACUCGGUUUUAACUUUUAUGGCAUUAUAUUAAGUUCAAAAAAUGGGUGACGAUUUUGUUCAAGACACUGAAAAUACUCAAACUCAAACGCAAAAUUCGCAGCUUGAUUGGAGUCAACCGGCCGCAUUUCCUAUUCCGAAUAUUUGGGGAAGGCUCUAUUCCAUUGCCGGAAAACAAUGUUGGCAAGAUGCCGAAUAUCCAGAAUAUUAUGAUCUUAUUCAACCUGAGUUUUCUCUUGGAAGGGCUCUAAGUUGCACCUUUAUCAUGAAAAAAGACUUGAUCAAAGAAGAUAUUAUUAAAAGCGUUAGCAAGCAACAUUUUGUGAUUAUGAGAGACUUAAAGGAACCUCUCGCUCCUGCUAUAAUCACAGAUUUAUCAUACAAUGGCACAUUUAUAAAUGAUGUAAAAAUUGGGAAAGGGUGCAGCAGAGUUCUUGAUGAUAAUGAUGUGAUAUCAGUAACACAUGUGUUAGCUAAAAUGUUUAAGUUCAAGGAUCUCUUGAAAAAUGAACAAGACAAAGUACCCAUAGAACUAUCACAAAAAUAUUACAUAUCCCGAGUAUUAGGACAAGGAGCCUGCGGCACUGUUAAACUUGUUUAUGAUAAAGUGAAAUGUACUAAAUAUGCCAUGAAAGUUAUAAAGAAAAGCAGACUCACAAAUGGACAGAUAAAUCAUUUGAAUGAUCCAAUAAAAAUUAUGAACGAAGUCAGAAUCAUGAAAACUUUGAAACAUCCAUGUAUAAUAUCGACCGAGGAAGUGGUUGACUCUUCUGAUGCAAUGUACAUUGUGAUGGAAUACAUGCAAGGCGGCGAACUGUUUCAUAGGAUCUCGAAGCGCAGUCGCUUGUCGGAACGCCACACGCGGUUCUUGUUCAGACAGAUGGUGCUAGCUGUCAAAUAUCUGCACUCACAGGGCAUCACUCACAGAGACCUCAAACCUGACAAUGUGCUAUUAGUGAGUGAGGAUGAUGAUACUAUAGUUAAAAUCACAGACUUUGGUCUGAGCAAGUUCAUGCGAGAAGACAGUUUCAUGAAGACCAUGUGUGGGACUCCGUUGUAUGUGGCCCCUGAAGUGUUGCGAGCCAAUGGCCACAAAAGUUAUGGCCCAGAAGUCGAUGUAUGGAGCUUGGGGGUUAUAUUUUUUGUGUGUCUCGUGGGUUACGUGCCAUUCUCAUCGGACUACUACAAAGAAAUGACACUGCAAGACCAGAUACUCAGCGGGAAUUGCUACAUGUCGCCGGCGCACUGGAAGGGCGUCAGCUUGCAGGCUAAGUUGCUCAUGAAAAGAAUGCUGACAGUCAAUGUCAACAGACGGAUCACUCUUGACCAAAUCCUCAAUCAUUGCUGGAUGCAGGAUGAUGAUGUCAAUCUAAGAAUUGAAAAUUUGCUAUCACUGACCCAACAUACGAGCAGCCAAGCUUCAGCGGAAUUGUCCAGCAACUCUGACGAAGAAAACAACAACAAUGGCCCGGUUGUUUUCCUGAAAACCAUUGCAAACAAUAAGAGAGCAUUAAGCAACAGUUUCAGUUCCUCUGAACCUGUCCCGAAGAAGUUACGAGUGGCUUUGUACCCUAGUGUUGGAAAAAAUGACAAUUCAAGCACGACUGAUAGCUAUUGCUCGCAGGAAUUUACAGACUGACUGGGUAAAUUUUAUAUUGUUACCUGAUACAUAUUUUUAAGGGAAAUUACUAGUUUGAUAUGACUGUUAUUUUAUGUUCGUCUUAUAGUGUUAAAUUUAAAACUUGUGCUAGUCCUGAGUUGGAAUGAGUCUAAUGAAAGUAAACUAAUUUCUCGGAAAUUCUCGGAAAAUUAAGAACUGACAACAUUAAAACAUUCCAGUAUAAAGUAGGUAGAGGAUUUAAAGAAUUGUCUUGUUUUUUUUUUUAGUUUCUAAGAGACUUGACUGAGAACAGGUCCUUACUAAAGGAUUAUAGUUUCAAAUCUCAGGCAGGUACCUCAAUUAUUAUGACAUGUGUAAAAUAGGUGUAGUACAAACUUCUUGUCUAUUCUGAGUAACAUACUGAAUUAACUGCUCAGCUAUUCUAAAUAGGGUUGCCAACCGUACUAUAAUAUAAAGUAUUGUACUAUAUUCUAGGUACGUGUACUAUAUACUGUUGAAGUAAUAUAUAGUACGCAAAAAUACUAUAUUUUGUGAAAGUCCAUGUGACACUCUUAUUUUAUAGAGAAAAAACUCUUGAAAAAUGCAAGAAGUGCAAAUACAAGAAUAUAGAUUUUUAAAAUAAAUAGGCUACAAAUACGAUUACAAUUCCCGAAAAU